CGGUCAAAAUUGUGACCAGGAGACAGCAUGUCUUUCACGAAUUCACUUUCAGCUUUGGCUGCAACACAUCUUUCUUCCUCUUCCUCUGCAUUAUUCUCUUUCUUCGUCGGGCGUCAAAAAGUAUUGUGUUUUCUGUGCUUCCCGAGCUUCUUUGUCAGUAGGACCGAAGACAAUGGGUCGGUUUCAGGCACCCACAUUGCUUCAUUUCCAGGAGCCCUCCUCUCUGCUCUGAAAUUGGCUGUCUUGCAUUUUGGUUCUUGCGUUUUCCUCACUUUCUAAUGGGUGUCCUUUGCAUAGAGCUGCUCUGCCAUUGCUUGUUUCCUAAUGAAUCCGAUCUGCUUCCUUGCAAGAUUUAGCCGUAAAUGUUGGAACUAGGCGUUGAUGGAUUCCUAGUUGCACCCUUAAUCAUGAAAUCAAUACCAAAGGAUGGCCUGCGCUCUAUUAUGCCUCUUUGUUUCAGAGGCAAGUCAGCCACAAGCUUCGGCAUAUUCCCAAAAGUGAAGUCAGCAGGAUAUAGUCCAGGCAGUACACCUGUAUAUCUAAAUGUGUAUGAUUUGACUCCCGUAAAUGGCUAUGUUUAUUGGGCUGGUCUUGGUAUCUUUCACUCUGGGGUGGAAGUUCAUGGGAUUGAAUAUGCCUUUGGAGCUCACGACUACCCGACAAGUGGUGUCUUUGAGGCUGAUCCUCGACAGUGCCCUGGCUUCAAGUUUAGGAAGUCAAUAUUUAUGGGUACAACAUGCUUAGAACCUGUCCAGGUUAGAGAGUUCAUGGAGCGCCAGUCAGCAAACUAUAACGGGGAUACGUAUCACUUGAUUGCUAAGAACUGCAAUCAUUUUUGUGAGGAUAUAUGUUACAAGCUGACUGGGAACCGAAUGCCAAAAUGGAUAAAUAGACUUGCAAGAAUAGGUUCACUGUGCAACUGCAUACUACCUGAGGCCCUUAAAGCAACCACCGUAUGCCAUGACCCUGAUUUCCAGGGAUGUGACAAUGAAAAGAAGAAAUUGAGGAGUGCCUUUAGUUGUCUGUCAUCAAUAUCAAUGCAUCAGAGGGAAGUAUCGAUGUCAUCGUUGUUUCUACAUUCUCACUAUAAGGGCUGUUUACCACCAUGGGAGUUGAAGAGGUCUAGGAGUGGUUCGAUGAAGGAACAGUGAGUAGACUUCAUUUCUUUGCAGUUGAAGGGACACUGAACGUCCAGCUUGCAAUAUUGAGCUAUUGGAGACGGGGUGUGCCAUUCCUGCUCAUUUUCAUCUACAUGGCCUUCAAAGAUUGAAAUCUGUGCGAGUUUGUUGUUGUGAAUUUUGAAAAAAAAAAAUAGAAAGGCAUAUUCUUCUGCUUUUCUGUAUUUUUGAUAACCUUUGGAUUUGCUUCAUGUAUUUAUAAAAUUGUAUGCUGAUAUUUGCUCCAUUGAUGUGCAGUCAUAUCCUUAUAACAAAAGAAGAAACCAAAGAGGUUGCUGAAUUGUUUUCAUACCA